GUACGGCAUAAUUUAUCAUCUCUCUGACUCCUCUCACUAUAAAACACGACAAAUCCUGGAUUCAGAUUUCAGACACAACAAAACAAACGGCACAUCUGAGUCUUCUGCUUCCUCCAAUCCUACCCGUUCCCCUUUUGUCUUUUAGCUGGUAAUCUUUCUUUGAGGACUCCUAUCAUCUUCUCCGCGAGCCCAGUUGCACAAUCCUUUUUCCGGAUCAGCCAAGGUUCAUGUCUGAGCUCGACAGCCAGAUUCCUACCACCUUUGAUCCUUUCGCUGAUGCAAAUGCUGAUAACUCAAGUGCGGGGUCAAAAGAGUAUGUGCAUAUCCGCAUACAGCAGCGCAAUGGUAGAAAAAGCCUGACUACAGUCCAGGGUUUGAAGAAGGAGUUUAGUUAUAACAAAAUACUCAAGGACCUAAAGAAGGAUUUUUGCUGCAAUGGUACUGUUGUCCAGGAUCCAGAACUGGGCCAGGUCAUCCAACUUCAAGGUGAUCAGCGGAAGAAUGUAUCUACAUUUCUUAUUCAGGCUGGCAUUGUGAAGAAGGAAAACAUCAAGAUUCAUGGUUUCUAAAACCCCUCAGUUGCACAAGUCAAUUGAAAGCAUCUUUGGCUGCAUCUGCUGCGAGGGUGAAGUUUAAUGAAUUACUUGUGCCUCUUGUUAUAGUCCUGUCACAUGUACUGUUAAUGAAUUAAAAAGUGAAGUUCCAAAGUGUUUGUUAACGUUGCAUUCUCAUAUGUCCGUUAGUGAUGGUCUCUGUUAGGAGCCUCUUUAUGCAAAUUUGUGAUGGCUGCAGAAAAUUCAUCUCUUUCUGCACCAAAGCUGGACAAUAUAAUCAACUGGAUGAUUCUCUUUUCUUCACCUAUCUCGUGAAGUUUUAUAUUCGUUAUAAACGCAAGAGUUCGGGCAAUUUGAUGAA